GCCCACCUCCAUCCGCUGAUGAUCACGUGCUGGGGCUGUUUCCUGAACGCCGCGGAUCCGGCGUUGCCUGCUGGUUUGGGCGGCUCACGAUGCGUGGUGGGCAGGGUGCAGAGCGGGCAGCGGUGCUCCAGUUCACCAACUGCCGCAUCCUGCGCGGUGGCACGCUGCUCAGGGAGGACUUGUGGGUGCGUGGGGGUCGUGUCCUGGACCCUGAAAAGCUGUUCUUUGAGGAGCGGCGCGUGGCGGAUGAGCAACGGGACUGCGGGGGCUGCAUCUUGGCCCCGGGCUUUAUCGACGUGCAGAUGAACGGUGGAUUUGGUGUUGACUUCUCCAGGGCCACGGAAGACGUCGGUUCGGGUGUCGCCCUGGUGGCCCAGAGGAUCCUGUCUCAUGGUGUCACCUCCUUCUGCCCCACCCUGGUCACUUCCCCACCAGAGGUUUAUCACAAGGUCCUUCCUCAGAUCCCUGUGAAGAGUGGUGGUCCCCAUGGGGCAGGGGUCCUCGGGGUGCACUUGGAGGGUCCAUUCAUCAGCCCAGAGAAGCGGGGCGCACACCCCAAGGCCCACAUCCGCUCUUUUGAGGUCAAUGCCUUCCACGAUUUGCUGGCCACUUAUGGGCCCCUUGACAAUGUCCGCAUUGUAACACUAGCCCCUGAGCUGGGCCGGAGCCAUGAAGUGAUCCAGGCAUUGACAGCUCAGGACAUCUGCGUGUCCCUAGGGCACUCAGUGGCCCACCUACAGGCUGCAGAAGAAGCAGUACAGAGCGGGGCCACCUUCAUCACCCACCUCUUCAAUGCCAUGCUGCCUUUCCACCACCGUGACCCAGGCAUCGUGGGGCUCUUGACCAGUGACCGACUACCCCAGGGCCGCUGCAUCUUCUAUGGGAUGAUCGCUGAUGGCAUACAUACCAACCCUGCUGCCCUGCGCAUUGCUCACCGGGCCCAUCCCCAGGGGCUGGUACUUAUCACUGACGCUGUCCCUGCCCUGGGCCUGGGCAAUGGCCAUCACACACUGGGACAGAUGGAGGUGGAGGUGGAUGGGCUGAUGGCCUGCAUCGCAGGCACCAAGACACUGUGUGGCAGCAUAGCCCCAAUGGACGUCUGUGUCCGACAUUUCUUCCAGGCCACAGGCUGUAGUGUGGAGGCAGCCCUGGAGGCUGCAUCCCUGCACCCUGCCCAGCUGCUGGGACUGGAGAAGAGCAAGGGGACCCUGGACUUUGGUGCUGAUGCAGACUUUGUGGUGCUGGACGACGCCCUCCAUGUCUGGGCCACCUACAUCUCAGGUGAGCUGGUGUGGCAGGCAGAGGAAGCCAGGCCAUGACCUCAGACUUCGGCUGGAGAGGACGCCCUGCCAGUCCCAGCUGGACACUGAUCAGGAGGGCAUCUUCGGGAGCUGGUCUCCAGGGAACAAGUUGGAAGCCCUGUCCCAGAUCAGCAUUCAUAGCCUCAAGCUAGCAGCUACCCUGGAGGUGAUGGCUUGCAUAAAUGAGCAGCAGGACUUGCCUUGUCUCCGGGUUUUGCUUAUGUUUCAUUUGGAGCCUUUGGGGAAGGUGUUUGCAGCUUGGGGAAAGAAUGGUUGGAUUCCUCAAGGGGCCUGUUAGGCCUGAUUUGCCUGAAGUCUACAGGCCCACAGGAAAAUGUUAAGAAUUGGGUGGGGUGGGAGGCUUGGGGGGUGUAGUCAGUGUUGCAGGUAGGAUGGAUAGAAGCCACUUCCCGUUGGAGGGUGCAAGAAGUGGCUGUUGACUGUGAUGGAAGGGUGCUUCAAAAGUUUGCUCAAUGCCUCUGAGCUAGCUGGGCAGAUUGGAGGCCAAUUAGCCUGGUUCUGGGUUUGGGCACAGCUUCAGGCACUCUGCACUUCAGGAGGGAGCCCAUGCUGGUUUUGGGACUCCAGAUCACCCAGUGCUGAGUCCAGGAGUCAGUGGCCCGAGGGCCUCCAACUUGACCCAGGAAUCCUGGACACUGAUUUCUAGCCUGCCUGGCUUGCGCAUCCCUGUUUCACCAUCCAAGACCUUUUUGGUAAUUGAGGUUCCAUUUCCUUUGGCGCUGCCUCAGCAAUCCCAUCUCCUGACCUGAUCCUUGCAUGUGACAAGCUCUCCUCACCUUGUAUGUGGUGGCUGCCUUGCCUGGUGCUGCCAUUUCAGGGUUUCACCAUUGCCCUGGGCCCUGCAACUCUGUUUCCUAGAACUAGGCAAUCCUGCUGCCUCAGCCUCCCAAGUGCUGGGAUUACAGGCAUGCGCCACCAUGCCUGGUGCCAUUAGUGUUAUUUGGGCAAUGUGCCCAAGCUGGCUUCCCCCAGUUGGGUAGUGUGAGUGGUCAGGCUCCUUGGAUAGCCACAAGUUGGUAGACUUCAGUGCCCUCCUGGAUCUGAGGAUGGUUCUGACAUGGGGGUUAGAUGCUAGGGAGUAGGGUGGAUCUGGAAAUGGUAUCUUAACACUCCCCUUUUGGGUCCUGGGGUCAGUGACCCCUUACCCCUUUCAAUAUGGUAAAACUGUUCCUCGGUUCGGGAAGUUGCAGACAGAUGUUCCAGGACAUUGUUGAACAUGGCUCCCAUCAAAGGAAAUGUCUCCAGACCCAAAGCAAUAAAAAUGGUCUCUGGCUUCCA